GAAGCAACUGGUAGGUUUAUAACUGUUGCUGUCAGAGUUUAAGUUCUGUGGCUUUUGUUGUUUUCGUGUAUCUUAGACCUGCUUCCAUGUUGGGUUUAAGACGGCUGGCAGUCGCUGUGAGCGCACGUCGACCUGUCAGGCGAUUAUCGACCAUGUCCCCGCCCGCCUCUCCCAUUCUCUCGGUUCAGCCCACUCGGGCUCUGGUGGACGAGAAGGUAAAGGUGUUGGUGGAGAAUCUUCCUCCGGGAUCUCCAGUCACACUUCACUCCCUCCACCACUCUGAGGAUGAGGACUACUGGGAGGCCUUCGGACACUACGUCAGUGACUUCAGAGGAAUAGUGUCUGUUGCAGAGGAUUUGAGUUUUGGGGGAACGUACACAGGAAAAGAAGACAUGGGUUUGCUGUGGAGUAUGCGGCCCGUCCCCGGCAGCCGCAAAGGCCUCAGGCUGAGAAAGAAGAACGUCUGCAGCCCCAUGCUGCACAACAUCUCGGUCUACAGUGGACAUGUCACCGAGGGCUUCAGGGAGCAGACCCCUCUGACCUCGGUGCUCAUAGAGAGAUGGUACAUGGCUCCAGGAGUCAAGAGGAUCGAUGUCAUGGAGAGAGGAGUGCGAGGGACCCUCUUCAUACCUCCAGGUCCAGGACCGUUCCCCGGGAUGCUGGAUAUGUGGGGCGGCGGUGGAGGGCUGGUAGAGUAUCGCUCAGCCUUGCUGGCAUCACAUGGUUACGUUUCUUUGGCGAUGGAUUAUUUCAACUCUCAGGAGCUCGAGUCCGCAGAUCUGGAGUUUAAGUAUUUUGAGACGGCGUUUAAUAUUAUCCAGGAGCAUCCUCAAGUGAUCCCAGACAGAGUGGGAAUAUUUGGCCUUUCCCUCGGCUCGCUGGUGACCAUGCAUAUCGCAGCGGAGAGCAGCGUUGUAAAGCCACGUUGUUGUAUUUGUGUCAGCGGGAGCCACUUUUAUCCACGUGACCGGACCAUCAUGGAAGUCAUUAUGGAGCCGAAAUCGAACUCUCACCGGUUACGUGUCGAUGAGAACAACCAUCACGUAUGGCGAGAUAUGUGGCUACACUUAUUGAACGAGCCCUCGAAGAAAAUGGAUGUGGGGAAAAUAAACUGUCCCAUAUUGUUGGUCAACGGACAGGAUGACCAGAACGUGCCUGCGCAUGAGUGUGCUGAGGAUAUCGCCCUCUUGAUGAAUGCAGCGGGGAAUGGGCACCUCCUGAGCAGAGUGCUGUACCCUGAUACUGGACAUCUGAUUGAGCCGCCCUACUCGCCUCAUUUCAGGGCCUCUAAUUUUAAGGCGGCCGGAGUAGCUACAAAAACAGUGAUGCUGCUGUGGGGAGGACAAACCAAAGCUCACUCAGACGCUCAGGAAGACGCCUGGAAGAAGAUCUUAUCUUUUCUACAGCACAAUCUGUAUUCCAGCACGUCUCUGAGAGCCAAGUUGUGAACGGUGACAUACGAACACAUCACUGCAGGAGGGCAGUGAAGUUCUGUAUGACAUCAUGUUUACUACCUCAAAACUACCAUAAUGUGUCUCGCAGUAUUAACCAGGUCAGAAGAUUGAUCACGAUAUCAUAGUAUAACAUAAUUACUGUAGUUAUUAAUAUCAGUGAAUGACCUUGUUUGAACCAAUGCUUUAUUGUCUUAAAAAAAUGCUCUGCCAUGACAGACAUGAAAUUUUAUAUGAACUAUGUAUAUAUUUUUUGAUCACAAUUCAAUUGUAGUAUUUCAAUGUAUAUUAAAAAAUGCACCCUGUAUGAUAAUUACAGACUCAGUGAAGUGUAUAAACUAGAGACUGAUCACAUCAGCCUGAGACACCCGUCACGUGUUAAUGCUCAGAACUCAAAUUCAGCCUCCACUGGUUUCAAAAAGGAGUCUGAUUGUAUGUAAGCUUAUGAGAAAAUGACCCUACUUCUCACUUGAUUUAUUAACAGCUUCCUUAUUAUCGUCCCAGUCGUUGGUUCUGAGUCUUCUUCAGUACAGCGUGACGUUCAUUUUGUAAAUUACUGUUUAACAUUUUCAACAACACUAAUGUGAUCACAAGAGCAGCAGCAGUAGAAAGGUGUUGUAGUAGAUGAUACAUUUCCGUAUGCUAACCCGGAAGUUAGCAAAACUUGCUAACUGAUUUCUGGGUUUUAGGACUAUAAGCUUCACAAGUCCAUGAUUGGAAGUGGGUUACAGUGACACUGACUCAAAAUGUGAAUAUAAUGUUACUCUUUCUGCUUCACAGUUUAGUUUGCUUUGGUUGAAUUGUGCGUCAGUUUUUAUUAUUUGUGUCAAUAAAGCCAUCAUUAAUUAAGU